GCGCGUUCGCGGCCAGGGGAGGCGUGUGCUGCUCCCGCAGCCAGCGAGAGCGAGAGAGGGAUGGAUGUUGGAGGAGGAAUUCGGGCUUAACAAGUGAUCGCUGCUGUCUAGGAUUUUGCCUCUUUUCGGGGGAACCUUGACUUCCUUUCCCAGGCAAUCCCUCUUGCACUGAACUCCAGAGGAACCAGGAGUCUUGGGGUCUUCUCUGGGGCAGCCCCGACCCCCGCCCCCAGGCUCCAGCCGCGAGGACUCUGUGCCCCUCGCCCGGCCAGGCAACAGAACUUGUUCCGUGGAUAUUUGGAGCCUCCACCUGCCAAACCCGAGUGAUUCCUUUUAACACUCCAAGAUCGUUCUUCCCCUCCUCCAGCUGUUGCAGCUUGAGGGGGAAAAACAAGCCAGCCGGUGGAUUUUCUUUAUUUUUAUUUUUCGCCCCGCCGGGGAACGGUGAAGUGCUUCUUCUGCAUGAUUUUGGCUGAAGGAUGCUCUGCAUUUCCUUGAUGUCUAUGGAGACUUCAGAGCUGGUUUUGCUUCUGCUGACACCUCAUCUAGCACCUUCUCUACCUCCCAGGGUCUUUGCCUCUAUCUAUGGUGUGGCAUUGCACCUGGGUCCAGGAAGCCUUUGAUGAACUUAAAAGGAGAGCCUGGAGAAUCAUCCUGAUAGACUUUGAGCAGAAAUGGCUGGACAUGCUUCAAACCACAUCUUAACAUGGGUCGAGCCAUCUCUAGAAGGCAAGUGCUAACAAUAAAGGCUUAUUUGCAUUUUAUUUAAAUUUAAUGGACUGAGCAUUGGCCAAUUUCCAUGGCAGAAAAAUAUAUUUCAUUUUCUAGGCAUAACUUCUGACUGUCAGACACUUGCUGCUUUUGAAUCUUGCAGAGUCAUUACUAAGCACGUCCCAGACACAUUUCCAAAUUCGAACAUCUACCCCCAAAACAUAGGUGUCUGAGAGACUCCAGCGUUUUCGGACUUCUUAGGAUUGAGAGUGCUAGGCUGUUUAUCUCGACCAGCCAAGCUCUGGAGAGCAAUGUUGAAUCCCUGGGAAGAGAGAGCAUGGGGCGUGCUGAUUUAAAAACAGAAAAUGCAAAGUUGGACUGAAAAUAUCCUUAGUCUUCCAAGCAAUCUGCUUAAGGGUUCCAAACUUACCUUAAUUUGGUGAGAAAAGAAGCUGCCCUAUUUUUCUUUCUACUUCGUCUACAACUGGAACCAGCCAUUUCCGAAAACCACCGCCAUGGAGGUUGCAAUGGUGAGUGCGGAGAGCUCAGGGUGCAACAGUCACAUGCCUUACGGUUAUGCUGCCCAGGCCCGGGCCCGGGAGCGGGAGAGGCUUGCUCACUCCAGGGCAGCUGCGGCAGCUGCCGUCGCAGCGGCCACAGCUGCUGUCGAAGGUAGUGGGGGUUCUGGUGGGGGGUCCCACCACCACCACCAGUCACGUGGGGCCUGCACCUCCCAUGACCCUCAGAGCAGCCGGGGUAGUCGGAGGAGGAGGCGACAGCGGCCUGAGAAGAAGAAAGCCCACCACCGGCAGAGCAGCUUCCCUCAUUGCUCUGACCUGAUGCCCAGUGGCUCUGAGGAGAAGAUCCUGAGAGAGCUGAGUGAGGAGGAGGAAGAUGAGGAGGAGGAGGAGGAGGAGGAAGAGGAGGGAAGGUUUUACUAUAGUGAAGAUGACCAUGGUGAUGAAUGUUCCUACACGGACCUGCUGCCCCAGGACGAGGGCGGUGGUGGCUACAGUUCAGUCCGCUACAGUGACUGUUGUGAACGUGUGGUGAUUAAUGUGUCAGGCCUACGCUUUGAGACCCAGAUGAAAACUCUGGCCCAGUUUCCAGAGACUUUGUUGGGAGACCCUGAAAAGAGGACUCAGUACUUUGACCCUUUGCGCAAUGAAUACUUUUUUGACAGGAACCGGCCCAGCUUUGAUGCCAUCUUAUAUUAUUACCAAUCAGGAGGCCGCCUGAAGAGGCCAGUCAACGUCCCCUUUGAUAUCUUCACUGAGGAGGUGAAGUUCUAUCAGCUGGGGGAGGAGGCCCUGUUGAAGUUUCGGGAGGAUGAGGGCUUUGUGAGAGAAGAGGAGGACAGGGCCCUCCCUGAGAAUGAAUUUAAAAAGCAGAUUUGGCUCCUCUUCGAAUAUCCAGAGAGCUCCAGUCCCGCCAGGGGCAUAGCCAUUGUGUCCGUCCUUGUCAUCUUUUGCCUGGAAACCUUGCCUGAGUUUAGGGACGACAGGGAUCUCGUCAUGGCACUGAGUGCUGGUGGGCAUGGUGGGUUGUUGAAUGACACCUCAGCACCCCACCUGGAGAACUCAGGGCACACGAUAUUCAAUGACCCCUUCUUCAUCGUGGAGACGGUCUGUAUCGUGUGGUUUUCCUUUGAGUUUGUGGUUCGCUGCUUUGCUUGUCCCAGCCAAGCACUCUUCUUCAAAAACAUCAUGAACAUCAUUGACAUUGUCUCCAUUUUGCCUUACUUCAUCACACUGGGCACUGACCUGGCCCAGCAACAGGGGGGUGGCAAUGGUCAGCAGCAGCAGGCCAUGUCCUUUGCCAUCCUCAGAAUCAUUCGUCUGGUCCGAGUAUUCCGGAUCUUCAAACUCUCCAGGCACUCCAAAGGCCUGCAGAUCCUGGGCCACACCCUCAGAGCCAGCAUGCGGGAACUGGGCCUUCUGAUCUUCUUCCUCUUCAUUGGGGUCAUCCUCUUUUCCAGUGCUGUGUAUUUUGCAGAGGCGGAUGAACCUACUACCCAUUUCCAAAGCAUCCCAGAUGCAUUUUGGUGGGCUGUGGUGACCAUGACAACUGUGGGCUAUGGGGACAUGAAGCCCAUCACCGUGGGGGGCAAGAUUGUGGGGUCCCUGUGUGCCAUUGCGGGUGUCUUAACCAUUGCUUUGCCAGUGCCAGUGAUUGUCUCUAACUUUAACUAUUUCUACCACAGAGAGACUGAAAAUGAGGAACAGACACAGCUGACGCAGAAUGCAGUCAGUUGCCCAUACCUCCCCUCUAAUUUGCUCAAGAAAUUUCGGAGCUCUACUUCUUCUUCCCUGGGGGACAAGUCAGAGUAUCUAGAGAUGGAAGAAGGAGUUAAGGAAUCUCUGUGUGCAAAGGAGGAGAAGUGUCAGGGAAAGGGGGAUGACAGUGAGACAGAUAAAAACAACUGUUCUAAUGCAAAGGCUGUGGAGACUGAUGUGUGAAUUGCUUUCUCCACCUGCCACUGCCCCCCCCCAGCAUCUCCAAAUAUAUUUAUGCAUAGAGAGUGCAGUUAUGAAAAUGAAAUAUGCAAAUGAUCCAAUGCAUACAGUAGUACACCAUUUAAUGGUUAUACAUGGCAUAAUUGUACCUAAACUUGUAUUACAUAUCAAAUAAAUGGUAUAUCCUGGAGAAGAGGGAGGCUUAAAUAGGAGCAAAUCUAUCUUUAUAUUUUUAUUAGAAUGCAAGAGUUUUGCACAUUAACUAGAAAAGAUGUUAGAAAAGAUGGAGAGAGAGAGAGUGUGUGUGUGAGUGUGUGUGUGUGUGUGAAGUAAAUUGUCAAUGUUAGUAAUUGUGCAGUGAUGGGAAAAGUUGGCAUUUUGAAGUAUUUACUAUGUAAGAACUAAUGAAUUUGAACAGUCAUUUAUCAGUGCUUUAAUAGCAUCUCAUAUGUCUUUGGAUUCUGUAGUUGUUUUUUAAAAAUUGUAAGAAUUGCUGUGUAGAGAAAAAAGAAAGUAAAUUAUUUAAUAGAAUAUAGGUCACAAUUUUAUCUUGGAUUUAAUUAAAGUUUAUUUUUAACUGGAAAUUAACUUUUAAAAAGGCUGCAAGGGCCUUUAGAAAUUGAUUAUAUUUUGUUAUUAAUUUUGGGAAGAUUUGACAGCAAAUGUCUAACAUUAUAGAAUAAAUGACAUUGGAGAAUAUGUAACAAGUUUUGUUUGCAGGUAACAGGACUGGAAUUUUUUUUUUUUUCUUUGCACUACUUUAUAUGCUGGAGAUUGAGAGAGACUUCAUACUGUGAAUGUUUACUAAUGUAACAGUUCAAUGACAAUCAUUGGAAGAGUGAUUUCUUUAGUCUUAUUUUAUUGUUUUCAUUGUGUGAGACUAAUGACCAUGCAGAUAACAUCACAUGAUUCUCUCCUCUUUUAAAAUCUAAAUAACUGAUCUACAAAGGAACCAUGAAGUAAAAUUUAGCAACUGAAUCUUUUGAAAUUGGUCUGUUACAAUGAUAUGUGAAAUCAUAUAUUUUAUAUAUUCUUCUGCCUUUUAACUCCAGAAUAAUUUAACCAAAGUUAAUGCAUGCACUGAAAGAAUUCUUGAAGAAAUAAGAUGCCUAGCAGGUACAGUGAUUAUGGCCUAAAAUUUUUCUAUUAAAUGUGCAAUAUAAAUGCUAGAUUUAUUAAGUUUAUUUUUUUGUGCAGUUAUGUAAGAACAGAAUUUGAGGAUUAACCUCAGAUUUUAACAUUCUAUUUACUAAAAUGAAUAUAAGGAAGAAUUGUGUCAAACAUUUGGUUUCCACAUCACCAUCAUUAUCAUCUUUAUUAAAGGAAAUUAUGACACAUAUAACUGCAUUUAACUCACCACAAAGUGUUCUAGAAUGUGAUAUAGCAACUAGCGAUCAGACUUGCACUAUUAAAUCAUGAUGAGGUAUAGUUUAGAAAACUCGGAAUGCAUACGAGGCCUUAUUCCACAAUGUUUCUUUAAGUUUUAAUCUUUAUAAAAUGGUUGUCUUGAGUUCUGGGCAGGGGACAAAACAAACAACACUGCAUACACUUUUUCGGCACCUAGUAAACUCUGGUAACUGUGAUCUAAAAACAAGCAAACAAACAAAAUGACCUAGAAUAGCCUUUCUCAAGCUUUCUAAAAUCCAGGCCAUCAUUUCAUAAUUACAUAAAUCCUACCUCUCUUUUAACGGUAUUUGAAAUUCAAAGUAAAUUCAACAUUAGGGUUAAAAGUAAAGCUGCACCCCCUCUCCACCCUUUCCCCGUCGUUUGUAGAGAAACUCUUUUCUAGAAACCUUUUAGAUAAUGAAAAAGCAAGCAGGACCUUUGAUUGAAUGUGAAGACCAAAGAUCAAUAGAAGACAAUAGAGAAUGGUAAAACAAGAAAAUGCCAUCUUAACAAUAAGACUUCAAAGAUAACAUUUUAAUACAUUUUAGAUUUGGGGCAAAAAAUGUAAUAAGCGUUAGGCUGGGGGUAAGCCUAUUUGGACUGGUUAUAAUUCAUUUGAAAAAGUCACUUAACAUCUCUGGACCAAAAGUUCAUGAAUGGUAAAAAAGAGGGCAAAUGAAGCAUGUUACAUGACAGAGUUAAGCAAAACAAAUGAGGACAUACAAAAACUCUGAAAUGUUGAGUUCUGUACAAAUGCCUGAUCCUAUGUCUAAAUUGUUUAAUCUUCCUCUGGGAGAAAAAGGGAUUUAGAACCCACAAGCAUAUGUCUACUUUAUUAGGAUAUUGUAAAAAUUAUGGGCAAUUGCUUAAACUUUGGAGUCCUUACAAGAAGUAGAUAUGCAGACACAAGAUAGUCUAUUGCUGAUAGAUUCAGGCAUGUCAUAGUAUAGAAAGUUGACUCUGUGAACAGACCAUGUGUCUUACAAUAUAGCCAACUAGGUCAGAUUAUAUCUUAAAAUAAUUUAAGGGCUGUCUAGUAGAACGGAUAUUUAUUGAACUUUCUAUAAUAGCAAUGACAAUGAUUUGGCUACGUUUGGAAGGGAAAUGUACUGUAUUUCGUUGUUUCUAUAAUAUCUCCUCUUUGAAUCUAAAAGUUAUAUUAAAUUUGAGUGACAAAACACAUUAUAUUGAUAAUUCUGAGAAUCCAGGAAAUGUAGUCAUUUGGUGAUUACCUUUAUUUCACAUGGCUUUUUUUUUUUUUUAGGGUGAGAAGUUCAAGAAGUGGUAGUCAUGAGCUUUCAAACCAAAUAUUAUUAGGUUACCAUACUAAACUCAUGUUUUCUUUCUCCUGGCAAGAUGCAUUUAUUUUAGAGUAUCUGGAUAUUGAUCCCACACUGAGAAGGAAACUUUUCAACUCUCAAGACUUACAUGGGGGUAUUUCUGUAUGGAACGCUUCUCUUACAAGAGAAUUCAUGAAAUGAGGACAUCCAGUACAGCUGUGAAUUCAUAAUAUUUUUCUGAGUUGAAACUAGUCAAAGUACUUUAGAACCAUUUGUAAAAAUUUAUACUGACAAAUAUGCUUUCUGGACCUAUUUGUAACUAAUUUAGGUAACUGUAUCUUAGACGCCACUAUACACAUUUGGUUUUAAAAUAAAGAGGAACUGACCUUCUUUAGAAAUCCAAUUCUUGGGAUCUGGGAUCCUUUUAUUGCUUUUCAGAUGAUAAUAGAUGUUACCAAAAGCACACUAUUUAAGGGUCAUCCUAAUCAGAAUCUUUUCAAGGGUGGUUGCAUUGUUCUGUCUUGCAAAUGCUUGCAGAGGAAACAGUUAUGCACAACAGUUAGGGGGAAGAAAGGAGGAAUAAAUAGUACUUUUGAUUUCUGUGAAAGGGAGCCAGUGGGUGCUAGAGGAAUGACAGCUGGUCUAGGGAGUCAAGAGAGCUGGCUUGUUAAUCGUGGGCAAAUCGUUUCAUCUCCUUGAUCCUCAGGACUUUCUCUCUCUCAUUCUCUCUCUCUCUCUCUCUCUCUCUCUCUCUCUCUGUGUGUGUGUGUGUGUGUGUGUGUGUGUGUGUGUGUGUGUCUGUGUCUAAAACUGGGCUAUUGAGCUACAUUAUUACUUCGUUCCUUUUAGUACCACAGUUCUACUGUGGAGUAAAGGAAACGUCAGACUAGCUUGAUAUUUCCUAAGCACUAUUAAAGUCGUAUCAGCUUUGAUUUUUUCGUAAGGAAUACGGGCAAAAAUAAAUAAAUAAAAAUAAAAAUCUCACUGUUAGGUUAACCACAGAACAGGUGUUUGAGUUUUUUAGAAUGUAGACUAAGCUGAAUGAAUAGGAUGUAUUUUGAAAUGGUUAUCCUAACAACUUCUAAAGGGAAGGGAUUCAUUUAAUGAAAAACAACUCUUCAGUCCUCAGUUGAAUACAUACAGUGAAAAUUGGUGAGUAAACAUUUUGAUGUCUUGCUUUGUUAUCGUAUGGUCUUGUCAGUAAACAGUAUUUUGACCUGUGCUGGGGAACUCAUUUUAUGCUUAGACACUUGUAGUGUUUCACAAGUACUACUACAUGCUUUGUCAAGUUUGUUUUAAACAGGAUCACCGAAGCUUUCUGAAUUUUUUUCAUUAAGCAUGUGGUGAAACAGAACCCAAUAUAUGAAUAAGAAAAAUAUGUAAAGAAAAUACUAUGAACUAAGAUACAUAUUUUCCCAUCAAAAAAAAAGUCAUCAUUAACCAAUGGCAAAUUAUUUUUAAUAACACUGUAAUCACAAACAGCAGCCCCCUACCUCCCAACAAAGAAACAGUGUUCUUUGUUGCUGUUAAUUUUCAGUGUUUGGAUGAGCCUUUAGUACUAACAUUACAACUAUGUUAGGGAAAGUGAGAAAUAUACCUAGAUUCAGUUCACAUUUUUUAAAAUGAACCUGUGGUGAUGUGCUCAUGCGCAGGAAACAGAGUGUAAUGUCCCUCUUUCUGUGUAUGUAUUUAUUUUUAUUGAUACAGUUUAAAAUGAUUACAGGGUGUCAUUCAGUGACAAAAGGGCCUGUUCCAGGAAAACUCCUUGAUCCAAAAGUCAUUCUGAAUUCUUCAAGGGACAUUUGAUGUGGACAAAGGUACCUUCUGGUUUUCCUUCCUGUAAAGAAACUUGACUCUAGGCACAGUAUCUUCCAGACCAAUGUAGCCACUGCAGGUUAGAAGACAGUUCUACUUUUUAGUAUGAAAAUCAGUAUUCCUAUUUGAGAAGAAGAUUGUUGGAGUGAUUGUGUUUGAUAUUGAAGGAAGCAGGGCUAUUUUUUUUUUGUAAUAAAUGGGAAUAUGUACUUCUGAAAAGUAAAUUAAGAUUAGGACUGUGAUAUGAGUUUUAUUUCUGGCUUGGUUUUGUUUCCAUAGCAGUCCCAAUUUCUCAUAGUAUCUUCUUCAUGAAAGUAUGCUAAUACACAUCAGACCAUAUGGCCCCAUUUGAGGUUUAGAAAAUAUGGUCACCUUAUUUAUGGAUAAAUAAAUUAAUCCCAGGGCAUAAGUUGGUUGCUUAAAAACAUGGCACAUAUUUAAUGAGCAGCAGCUCUGAGUGAGAUGCAAACAUCCCCCUUUCAGGCCUGUGGGACAGGAAGAGAUGUAUAAGGCAAAUAAUGUGCUCAACAUAAAGUCUUGCUGUCGCCUUGAAAAGCGUAUUCCCAGAUUCACUGGAGGUAGUGUAGCUGACUUAAGGUUCAGCUUUUGGUUCAUUUGUUGUCAUUGGUGUCUUGGAAGGAAGCUUUGCAUCCAGGUGCCAGGAGCUAAAAUGAUGUUGGUAGUUGAUACACAAAUAGUCCAUUCUUGCUUCCUACCUGCAAACAGUCUGUUUUGUGGGUUAUCCGUAGUUGGUUUUUCACCUGAGGCUGGCUUUACUCAGGCUCAGAAGCCUAUUGUCUUCUGUUAAAUAGCAAGUCCAGGAAAGGUAAAAUUAUAAAAAGAUAAGACAAUCCAGUACAAAGAAACAGCAAAAUUGCUAGAACUAGAAAGCCAAACAAAACCUAAGUGGGAAGCCAAAUCUGUUGUUCAAACUGUUACAUAAGCUAGAAUUAAUUAUGCAGGAUUUAGGUGUAAAUUGGUCCUGCCUCAUCACUAUAGCAGAGAUAACCAAGAGAUGGCUGUUGUGAUGGAGGACAUAAAGCAGAAAUAACUUGCCCCAUGAAUAUAUAGGUUAACAUUUUCUGUGAAAAUUAUAGAAGUGCUAACUCAUCUUAGCAGUGGUUUUAAUAGUAACUAUUAGAAAUGACUAAUAAAUAUGGAAGAUAUGCUGGUUUCGUUUCACAGUAAUUAGCACUAUGUGGGAAUGUACUUAGAUUGUUUCCCACGAUUCUGUAGACCAACGGCUAUUUCAAAGUCAAAGAGCAUGAAGGCAUUUUUAUCCAUAGCUACUUAAGCUACUGGCUGUUGAAGGGCCAGUUACCACUUAAAUCAGUCAAAGCAGUUAAAUACAUAGUCUCUGUGGAUAUCAACAAAAGCUGUGCCAGGGCUAAGUCUAAGAAUUAUAUUUGUUUUAAAAUAAUUAUAUGUGAAUAUGUAAUAUAUCCAUAUGUUCCCAUAUAUUAUGUAUUUUAUUUUCUGCCUUUAUUCUGGCAACAAACAUUAGCAAAAUAAAUGAUCUGAAGUAUUGAAAGAGACUUCUUGAAGUGAAGUAAAAGUGUAUAAUUCCCACUAGUAGUCAAAUGUAUGUGUUUGGAAAAAUGGUGACGCUGGUGGACUAAAAAAAACCUUUCUUUACACAUUAGGUUGGAUUUUUGUGCCCUAUAACCACAAUGGUACUAGUCCUCAGCUCUGAGACUUGCAUAAGGGCAUAUGGAGUUUCAUUCCCAGAAGGAAGGGUUAAUUUUUAUGCUGUAUGGAACAUUGAACAUUGUUGAUUUUGAUUUUUUAAUGCACUUAUUUUCAUUAUAUAAAUGAUGCAUAUAGCAUGGAAACUAGACUAUAUGACCUGUAAACCUAUGUGCCUAUGUGCUCUCUAGAAAUAGAAUUACCAGAAGCCAUUAUCUUUCUGUAUUUUUUGUUGUAGCAUUUGUUUGAUGUGAAUUGCCUAAUUCUCUCAGGUUCAAUUACAGCAUUAAAAGUUUCAGGUUAUUGUUGUUUUUGGAAAUAUUCCAUACCUUUCUUAGGCUCUGAGGGCACACAAACAACCAUUCAGUAGUUGGAAAAUACCAUAUCUCUCGGAGAUCAAGGCGAUAUUACCUGAACUCUCUCCACGAUAGCAGCCACAUUAGUUAACAUGGAGGAUGUGUGUUUUUCUAUUUAUAAACUUAAUACACUUGUACCUGAAUAGAAUGAUGAUUUCCCUGAAGAACAGUAAUGGUGUUGAUAGCACCUGAGUGCACCUUUUUUCCUUCUGUCAAUUGGUAGGGAUCAUGAUCCAAAUGAGGCUUUCAUUUGCUCUCAGUCAGAGUAGGAAAUAAUUAAUGAAGCUCCCACUGGACUGAAAUCUAUCAAGAGGUGAUGGAAUCUCUAGGGAAUGCAUUAGGAUUUUUAUUUAUUUACUUGUCAUUCCUAGUUGGUGUCAUUUUUGCAUGAUUAUUGGGGAAAGAUAUUAAUUUUAUGAUGAUUUACCUAAUAUUAAAAUGACUUGAUAAAAAGCAAUUAGAAAUUAUAAGCAUUGCAGUGUCUUAUUAGCUUCAGGAAUGUCUCCAGUUAAAUAUUUUAAGAAAUUAAUAUGAGAUUUGGAGAUUGCAAUACUUAUUUGGAGAGAAAUAUAUCCAAAGACUAAUGAUUUAGUUGUUCAAAUUUCUUGAGAAAUCUGAGUUUUAUAAGCUUUGCACGAGAUAUUCAAAAAGUCUCUCAACUUUCAAAUAUUUUGCUGUAACUCUGUCAGAUUUCAGAAAGAAAUGCAAGAAUUCCUCUUAAGAGGAAAAUGGUACCUUUUUUUCUUCCUUGUGUGUUUAUGUCUUUUUCACAUUCAUGAUUAAAUCGGUGGAUUUUAUAUAAUCGUCUUCUAGCAAAUUGAGUGAAAGUCUUGGCUACAAAUUGAUUAGAGGAUGACAAGAUUGUCUGAUGGUCUUUCUUAGCAACAUUUGCUGUUGAUCAGUUUAGAAGCUGAUUUCAGUAUAUGUAAAUUACAACACAAGGAAAUGGCUAUGUACUGUAUUAGAAUCUAAAUGACAAAGCAAAAAUAUUAGGAACAGGAUUUCCUUUUGGGUUCCUAGAAGUGUUCUUAGUGCUUUUGAACCAUGUCCUCCAGAUGUGAUGUAGCCAAUGAGAAUUUAGCAAACUCAUUUUUUUCCCUAGAGUAGCAACAAGAUAUAAGCAGGAUCAGUGCCAACUGGGAGAUAGGGACAGGAGCAGGGGGAUGGGCAAGGGACAAGGAGUAUAUGCCUAAAUGGAGUCACUAAUAUGAUGGUGAAAAUAGUUAGGUCAGUCUAGAAACUGCCUCAUUUUGUCAUGCUAUUAAUUUUUAUUAACACAGAGAAUCCAGGAAAGUGAAUUGAUCUCUAAGAGUAGGCAUGUAUGUGUGCAUGACCAAAUAUUCCCUUUGCUCUUUGUCUUUGAGGACACUUACAUACAAAACCAUAAAACUAUUGCUGGAAAUUAAAACUAUAUGUCUUAUUAAGAAUAAAAUUCACCUUUCCCUUCAGAGUAAGGGACUUACGUCUUUAGGAGAUUACCACUUGGACAUUUAUGUUUCAAAGGGAGAGAAUCUCCCCCUUAUUCUAAUGUAGAAUGUCAGCCUGGCAAUGCAUUCAAGCUAAGACAUAAGUAAGCAACCAGUAGAAGCCCUGGGAAUGAAUGUCACUAACACAGAGCUGAAUAAUGUGUUUAUGUUGGUUAUUGCUGGUGUGCAAUUCUUAGAGGAAUGGAGAAAUCAUAAAAUUUGUGCAACCUAAUUAGAACUCUGCCAUCAUAUGCUCCUUGCUGAUUUAGCUGCUGCUGCUGCUGCUGCUUCUCCUCCACACAGAAAAGAGGUGUCAUUUCACUACUAGAAGCUACAUACUUCACAGGUUUCAAGGCAGUGUGAGAAACAGUGGAGAAAGAAAGGGUUAGAUUAGAUAGAUAAGGAUGAAGCAACAUACAGUAUUUUAAGGUGUGAAUCAUCCUGUGACACCAGACUAUUUUUACUCACUCAAGGGACUAAGCAGAAUCUUUGGAUGGGAGAAGCUCUGUUCAGGAAUUACCAUUUCCUUUUUGUAUGUCUAUAGUAUCACUAUUAGAGAUCAGUCUAGUCUAGCAAGGGGAUAAAUUCUUCCGUCAUUGCUAAAACAAGCUGAAAAUUACAUGCUGGAAAUGUUUUCUUCCCUCAUUUCAGUUAAGAAAAAUUUGUAGUUGUUUUAUAAGCUUUGCAAGAGAGAUUCAGAAAGUCUCUCAACUUUCAAAGAUUUUGCUGCAACCCUGUCAGAUUUCAGAAAGAAAUUCAAGGUAGGAGAGCCUAAUAGAACUUCAGAUCAAAUAUAAACUUGUUCAAAGCAAAGUAUCCAGGGACCUCCUUCUAAUCUCUUCUCCCAUGCCAGGUUAGCUUUUUUUGUUUGGUUGGUGUGGCUUUUCCACUUUCCCUCCAGCCCAUCUCAUCCCAUUCACCUUUGUGCCAACAAAAGCCCAGAUCAGCAAGGCUUUUGCAGUCCCUGUUUGCAGAUUUCUCAGGGAGAGCUUUUUAUGUGUGAUUCAGGUAGACGUCUUCCCAUUUUGUAAAUCAGGUCAUGCCAGUGCCUAUCCAGAAAGCUGCUACAACCACCUGCAAUGUGGGUCUGUUGUGUUCUGUUGUUAUGUUAGCUAUUUUCUGCCUAUUACUGAACAGCUGGGAUUUUAGAAACAGCUGGAUGAUUAGUUGUUUUUCCCAUUUUUCACCCAGAUGCUUUAUUACUGUGUAGAAACAACCCCAGUGUGGAACAACCUGGGAGUAUACAGCUCUGAUGCAACUGUCGUUAUUAGGAAUUGAAUCAAGAAAAUUACGGGCAAACAGUUUUGACUAUUGCCUGCUUUACAAACAUGUUUGAUACAGAAUUCUCUUUUCUAUUUCUAGGCAGAAUGGUUUGAUUUAGCAACUUUAAAUGCCUCUCCCAUUGUUCCUUAGGCUAUCAAAGCUAUGCUUUGGCUGUUACAUUUAUUUGCUUAAAGGGAAAUGUCUGCACGCAAUGAGGCAUCACCUGAGUCUUCCAUUCACUGCUGGCAAGAGGAGCUGAUAGAGGCAGGCAAGCGAUAGUCCUCUCACUCGCCACAGUCUAUUUUUAGGUUGGUUCCUUUGUGGCUGACUUCAGUCCUGACGGGAUGAAUUGACAUUCAAAGACAAUGAAAUAUUUUAUUAUGGUGAUUUGCGGAUUUAUCAAACUGGAUAUUGUGAAAGUGACAAAUUUAAUUCAGGUGCUGUUAGUUGGUUCCUUACCCAGGGCUAAAAUUAGAAUAAAAAGGAUGCGUAGACGUCUUUUCCUUUUCUAAUUAUUCUUUCAACAGAUGUUUGUUAAGCUUAUGCUAGGUGGCUGGGCUGUAUAAUGUACCCAAUCUCUAGAUGUGCUAAAAUUUCAGAGAAUCACAGUUUAUGUAAGGAUAUUUUUUGAGAUAUAUAUUCAUUUUUUCUAAAUAGCAGGAUUCUUGUUUAUUAUGAUGAUUAUUUUGCCCUUUUAGAAUCUAUAUGUAUGGCUAGGUCUAGUUUCUUUUUGGGGAGUGAAUUGCCAGGCAUCAUGCUUUAAUAAUACUUCCUUUUUAUAAGUUCUGUCUUGUUUGUGUUAUAUGUUUUGUUUUCCAUAAUAGCUUCUGUAUGAACUGCAGAGUAAAUGGGCCUAAAUCCAACUUGCCAAUUUUUUUAUGAUUCUUGCAUAAGCAAGAACAAUACUCAGUGUUUUCAAAUAGCAGAGAUGAUUAUAUGAACCGUAUUUACUCCUUUUAAUUCAUAGAAUGUAUUUCUUCCAUACAAUAACAUAUGAUUAAACUAUAACUCAAAGAAAGAAGCAGAUUUAACUGAAAUAUUAAAUAUUUGGAAAGCAAUAAACAAUCUUUUUUUAAUUUCAAAGUAA